AAAAAACAGUGAGUUCCUAUUCCAGGUUUUUUAGACAGGCACAGGCGAGCAUCUGUGACGCAAGAUACUUCCUUUACUUUUCCCACCAAUUGCCCGUGGCAAUUUCAAAUACUAUCUGCGUGCAAAAACAGCGAGAACCACAAAUAAAACUUUAACUUUCCAUCAUAGGUAGAGAUUUUUAAAAUCGCCUAUCCAAAAUGACCGACUUGGAGUCAGACUCAGUCUCUACCAGCCGAACUGGAUGUUUCGGCCAGAUUAAAGACAAAAUCACAACAGCACUCUCGGCAGCUGGUGAUCGUGCAACCAUCCCUGGAAUUAUUACCAACAACAAGAUCACUCUAAAGAACAUGGUCAUUUCCUUAGCAGUACUGGGGCUCGAAGUUCUGCUUCACUCCGAGGUCUUUGACUGCCCCGUAAAGAAUCAUAAAGUCUAUGCCCUCUCCUGGUUGUGUGCCCCACCAGUUAUCAUUUUCUUUGUCAACCUGCUUAUCAUUGGAGACAUCUGGAAACUUUCCGAUCAUUGUCUGGUACGCGACUAUUCUCAAUUUGGCUACUUCUGUGGCCACACUAUUCCCAGCAUUGUCAAAGCGAUGGCAGGAGCGUCUGUAUGGUUGAUCUUGGCAUUUUAUAGAAAGGAUUAUUACGUGUGCGCCCAGGUAGGACCAGAUAUCCGCAAGAGAAACGAAACUGAUCCAGAUAAGCUCAAAGAAUACGAUACGACCGUGGAGACGGCUGGGGCCGAAUCUCAAAUUUUCGCCUGGGCAGUUUUCGUGGUCAUGGUUUUCUCCGCUUCUGUAGUGGUCAUUAGCAAGAAUUGUUGUCUUAAGGACCAAGACAUCCUAGACGACAUACGCAUAUUUGAGGAACGGGAGGCGAAGUGGGCUAAGAGGACCUUUACUAAGCUCGCUAAGGGUUUGCGUGAUAAAGAAAUAACAAAUGAAAACGAAACUGCCAACCAGGAAAAGGAGGAGGGAAAAGAGGUAAAGAAAAUACUCUAUCGCGGUGGAAUUCCGGAAACAUUGGGCGAAAAAAAGGUGAUUGAAAUGUUUAAAGGUUGGGAGGAAAAAAAUCCAAAUUGGCAUUACCGUGAUGCUUACGACCAAUUCGAAAAGCUCUAUCCUAGAGCUGCUAAUGGCAAGCCUAGAAGUAGAUGGAGCACAACACAUUUAUCCCAGCAAUUUGCGAAAAAUGCGCGCCCAGUGAACACUAAUGAAGACACAAAGCUGCCAUUCGAGCAAACAAGCAGAGGUACCACAACUUUGGAAGACACCAGGCCGCCAGUCGACCAAACAAGUGGAGGUAGCACAAGUUUGGAAAUGCAGAAGAUAACAUCUACACGCAAUGAUGAUAUCACACAGGAACCCGCCGAAACAGCCAGACUUGUCGAAAGCACUUAAUCUAAGCUAAUUCAAAGAGGUUUUAUGUUAUAAAUAAUGAUCUUUUAACAUAGCUUCGUAAACCACCAUACAAACGCAUAUAACUAAUUGCAAAGUAACGAAGUCAGUUCAUGUCUCAGAUAUGAUUACCAUUGGUGAAACGUAGGUCUUUUAUAAACAGCAUAAGUCAGCCGGUUUAGAUUGGUCACAGAAAAUAAACUCCCACGCGUUUGCAAACAAACCCAGACAACAAUGAAACUCAAACUAUCUUGAGAAUAUUUGCUCACGAAAAAGAGAAACAAUGACUUGCAAUUUUUUUAAUUUAUUGAAUUUUUAAAAUUUUUUAAGCUAGAGGACCAAAGCCCAUUGGUUAUUGUUUUCACUAGAAGUACGAUAUUAAACAGUUUUUGUAUUUUUGAGGUUUUCCUAAUGGGAAAGUUAAAAGGCCCUCCUUUAACACACUUAUCUUGUACGGGUUUUAAGACUUAAGGUCAGGCAAGGAACAAUGAUACAGACGACAAAAAAAAAAAGAAAGAAAAGACGAUCGUUUCAAGGGCAGUGUUAAAUGCGUUAGCCCCACGUAGAUUUUAUGUUAAUUCAUAAACAUGCAAAAGUCAUAGAACGACCCAGAACCAUUCUAAUACAAACAUGAACUGGUUCAUUAUAUAUAGGUGUUGACUUUCUGUUCAACAAACGAAGUUGAAGAAUUGGGAACUUUUCUUUCAUUAAAAUCACAGUCAAUUAA